GGCUGGUCCGGGUGGGUGCGCCAGCGCGCGUUUUCGGAGAGUAGCAGCCCCAGGCAUGGUGGAGAGAGGCCAGGUCAGGGCAGAAGACCAUCUCUAGAAAGCAGGUACCUGCGUGGCUUUCCCAGCAUCCGGCUGUUCCCCAGGGAGUCACUGCCCGGAGAAGGGGCUGGCGGGCUGGCAGGGAGCAACCCUGGAUCAGCGACUGUUCUGACGCACCAGCCGGUUUCCAGGCAUCCACCCUGCACGGAACCCAUCCCAAGGAUGCUCUGCUGCCGGCAACAAGACAGCAGUCUCCGCCGAGGUGAGGAAACGCAGACAUGUGAUAGCUUAGGCGGGCCCUGGCUUCUAGACUCUACCCCUUGAGUCCGCUUUCCAAAUUUCUAAGGAUACCGAGACUGUGCGGCUUGCAGUCUAGCACCCUCCUCUCUGCCAGCGUCUCCUCCAGACUCUCACUGAUUGGAUACUGGGGCCAGGUUCACCGGCUCUUGACAGAAUCCUCUCCACUGGUCAGUUGUCGCAAACAUUUCUAGAUUGACUCCGGUGGGCUCGGUGGCUACACAAUCUGAACGCAGGUGUCUUGGGCCAGCAAUGGAUCUGCCUGUAAACUUGACCUCCUUUUCCCUCUCCACUCCCUCCUCUUUGGAACCCAACCGCAGCCUGGGCGCAGAAGACCUACGUCCUAGUCGGCCGUUUCUCUCAGUUUUCCGAGUGCUAGUCCUGACAUUGCUGGGCUUUCUAGCCGCGGCCACGUUCGCUUGGAACCUGCUGGUGCUGGCCACCAUCCUCAGGGUACGCACCUUCCAUCGCGUGCCACACAACCUGGUGGCGUCUAUGGCCAUCUCGGAUGUGCUGGUGGCCGCGCUGGUCAUGCCACUGAGCCUGGUGCACGAACUGUCGGGGCGCCGCUGGCAGUUGGGCCGGCGGCUGUGCCAGCUGUGGAUCGUGUGUGACGUGCUCUGCUGCACAGCCAGCAUCUGGAAUGUGACAGCCAUAGCCCUGGAUCGCUACUGGUCCAUCACACGCCACCUGGAGUACACGCUCCGUGCCCGCAAGCGAGUCUCCAACGUGAUGAUUGUGCUCACCUGGGCACUCUCUGCCGUCAUCUCUCUGGCCCCACCGCUCUUUGGCUGGGGGGAGACGUACUCUGAGCUCAGCGAGGAAUGUCAGGUCAGUCGCGAACCUUCCUACACCGUGUUCUCUACCGUGGGCGCCUUCUACCUGCCGCUGUGCGUGGUGCUCUUCGUGUACUGGAAGAUUUACAAGGCCGCGAAGUUCCGCGUGGGCUCCAGGAAGACCAACAGCGUUUCCCCGGUUCCCGAAGCUGUGGAGGUGAAGGAUGCAACACAACAGCCUCAGAUGGUGUUCACCGUCCGCCACGCCACUGUUACCUUCCAGACAGAAGGGGACACGUGGCGGGAGCAGAAGGAGCAGAGGGCGGCCCUCAUGGUGGGCAUCCUCAUCGGGGUGUUUGUGCUCUGCUGGUUCCCUUUCUUUGCCACGGAGCUCAUUGGUCCCCUGUGCUCCUGGGACAUCCCUGCCAUCUGGAAGAGCAUCUUCCUGUGGUUGGGCUAUUCCAACUCCUUCUUCAACCCACUCAUCUACACAGCCUUCAACAGGAGCUACAGCAGUGCUUUCAAGGUCUUCUUCUCUAAGCAACAGUGAGCAGCCAGCUGGAAGUGGACGCUCCUGUCCCACGAACCUUCGUAGUCCACCCAGCAGUCCUGAAGGUCCACCUGCCAAGGGCACCAGGGUCACAUCAGAGCUCAGCUCAGCUCACAUCUGUGCUCGUGUGUUGGGAGUUGUCUUCCCCUGAAGGCACUGGUGGCUUCUGUCCCCAAUCUGGGUACUCUCCCUUACUCUGUACCAGCAGCCGCGGACCUGGCCCACAAAGUGCCCAUUCCUCCUCUACAUGCACUCCAGCACGGCCAUGAGGAGACAGGAGGGAGGAGAGAGGGAGCGAAACAACUCAGGCAGGUAGAGAGAGGCAGAAAGAAUGGCAAGGCCUAAAGCUGUCGGCGAUUGCACGCCUGUUAAUCCAGUACUCAGGAGACUAAGGCAAGAGGAUCUCAAAUUCAAAGCCAGCUUGGGCUACAUAAUAGGUUCAAAACCAACUUGGGCAACAAAAUGCCCCAGUGAGGCUGUUUGCAGAGCAGAAGACCAGAGGCCAAAUUUUCCAGAAUAGCUAGUCCUUAUUUCAGAGCUGUGCUCUGCGGGCCUUGAGUGUGUGCCCUAACACUUACUGAGCGCUUCCUAGUAUCUGACGACAGAGCUUUGUCCUCAAGCAUAUCAAAGCACAGUUCCACUUGUGAGGCCAGUAACUGCUGUUUUGUUCAUGGUAAACACACACACACACACACACACACACACAUACACACACACAAGCACACGCACACACACACUGCAGAAAAGGACAGUUUCCAGUUAAAAUCAACUCAGUCCAUCAGCUUGAAACUGGAAAAAAACAAAAUAUUUCCUUCCAUUUGGAAACAACUGUCACAAAAUAGAAAAAUCUAGUAAUUUCUCAGAAUUUGUUAAAAUUGUUUAUUUGCUAUGAGUUUUUCCUUUGUGUAAUUCCUUCAAAUGUCUCUGGCCUUAGUGUUUCACCCUAGAUAAUAGAUUUCAGGUUAAUGAUGGCCAUGAACUGCUGACGUCUCAAUAUGGUUUCACAGUUAACUAGACACAAGGGUCUGUCCAAUCAGACAUAUGCGUUUAUAGGAGUGCUGGCCACUUUGUAGCUGUGGUUUUGUUGGUAUAUGAACCUGAUCAGUAGUCUCCAAGAUGGUCAGACAACGGUCAAAUAGGGUCUCUAUCAAGUUGGCAAUGUAACGGGUGUGUCUAGAGAGUCCGGUAAAGACACAGAGUUUAUGUGGUCACAGAAAACCUUGGGUGCACCCAUACCGCCUGACAAAGCUUUGAGAGCAUUAUCCAAAAAAACUAAGGUGAAAAAGAAGAGAUAGUCACCUUUCCAAAACCCUGUGCGUAUUGACUUCUCACACAAACUGAGGAUGGACUUGGUUCUCAGCAAAAUUCUGAGUGAGCAAAGGCACCCAUGCUUCCGAUCAGAGCAGUGAGAAACAUUGUGGGGUUUUUACGGCCGUGGAGGGGCUCAUCCGGGGCACUGGAACUCAGAGCCGCUGGAUGACAAUGCCAUUGCAGAGCUGGUGUGUUUCUUCUGUUGACUUCAUCCUCAAGAGUUUUGGGGGGGGGUUGUUUGCUUGAUUUUUGGUUUUGGAGAUAGGGUUUCUCGUUGUAACUGUUCUGACUGUCCUGGAACUCACUUUGUGGAUCUGGUUGGCCUUAAGCUCAGAGAAAUAUGCCUGCCAAUGCCUCCUGAGUGCUGGGAUUAAAGGUGUGAGCAGUCACUGCCUGGCUCAGAGUUUUUAAGUAUUUCUUCGUGUUUAAGACAGGGCCUCACGAAAGUAACCUUGACUGUCCUGGAACCUAUUAUGUAGAUUAGACUGAUCCUAAACUCACAGAGAUCUGCCUGCCUCUGCCUUUGCUUCUGCCUCUCGAGUGCUGGGAUAAAAGGUGUGUACUCCCAUACCUGGACCAAGGGUUUUUUUAAGUAAAAAAUUUUCCAGUACUCUGGGGCCCUUUUUCUGGGAGCUGUUGCCUGGACCAGUCACACAUUCUAUACUAAGGGACAGGGUCUAAGCCAGGCUGGAAAUUGAACAGAAUGGCUCACACAUCCAUGACUGUUCUUAUAACCAGGGUUUGCUAACUGUUUGAACAAGAGCUUUUUUUUUUUGUUGUUGUUGUUGUUGUUUGCUUGUUCAUUUGUUUAUUUUUUUCUGGCUCUGGUCACAACUGACAGGACCUAAGAAGUUUGUGCGGUUGUCUGUGUUUUCAGUCUGAGUCCUCUGAAAACGAUGCACAUAGAAUGUUCUAAACUGUGCAGAUUCUGCACUUGUCCUUCACUGCUCCCCUCAGCCUGUCGAGCCGAGGAACGCAGGAGGGUGUUAUUCCCUCUCUGCUCCCCUGUAGCUGCAUGUGUAGAGAGACCUCCACCAGCGACUGCCCACUCAGCUGCAGGCUGAGGGCUCCCAACUGUUUAUUCCAUCCUUAGCACUCGAAGGGUUCUGACUGCCACCACUUUUACACAGGGCAGCUUUGCCCACAUCACCUCAAUUUAAGACAAUGCCCUUACUCAUUCAAAACGUCUGCAAACUCUCGGGCAAUAAAAACUCCAUUAUAUUCCAUGUCUCUGAUUCCUCAAAUGCACAAAUUAAAACUGUGUAUUGUAACAUGAAUGUACAGGUCUGUUAUA